GACCAGAGCAGCGGGCACCCGGGAGGCCUGGAGAGGAGCGAGCGUCAUGGGCAGCAAAUGCGACGUGGUCGUGGUGGGGGGCGGCAUCUCAGGUAUGGCAGCAGCCAAACUUCUGAAUGAUUCUGGCCUGAAUGUGGUUGUUCUGGAAGCCCGGGACCGUGUGGGAGGCAGGACUUACACUGUUAGGAAUCAAAUGGUUAAAUAUGUAGACCUUGGAGGAUCCUAUGUUGGGCCAACCCAGAAUCAUGUCUUACGAUUAGCCAAGGAGCUAGGAUUGGAGACUUACAAAGUGAAUGACGUGGAAUAUGAGAUUCACUACGUAAAGGGCAAAUCAUACAAAUUCCGGGGCGCAUUACCACCUGUGUGGAAUCCAAUUGCCUACCUAGAUUAUAACAACCUUUGGCGAACAAUAGAUGACAUGGGAAAAGAGAUUCCCAAUGAGGCUCCAUGGAAGGCGCCCCUUGCAGAAGAGUGGGACCGCAUGACAAUGAAGGAACUGCUAGACAAGAUCUGCUGGACUGAGUCUACAAAAAACUUCGCUACCCUCUUUGUAAACCUGUGUGUCACUGCAGAGACAUAUGAGAUCUCUGCUCUGUGGUUCCUGUGGUAUGUGAAGCAGUGUGGAGGCACUACCAGGAUCAUCUCAAUAAGCAAUGGAGGACAGGAGAGGAAAUUUGUGGGUGGAUCUAGUCAAAUAAGUGAGCGGAUAAUGGACAUGCUUGGGGAUCGAGUGAAGUUGGAGAGGCCUGUGACCCACAUUGACCAGACAGGAGAAAAUAUCCUUGUGGAGACACUAAAUCAUGAGGUGUAUGAGGCUAAGUAUGUGAUUAGUGCUAUUCCUCCUGUUCUGGGCAUGAAGAUUCAUUACAACCCUCCUCUGCCAAUGCUGAGAAACCAGCUGAUCACUCGUGUGCCUUUGGGUUCAGUCAUCAAGUGUAUCGUCUACUAUAAAGAGACCUUUUGGAGGAAAAAGAAUUACUCUGGAACCAUGAUAAUUGAAGGAGAAGAAGCUGCAGUUGCCUACACAUUGGAUGAUACCAAACCUGAUGGCAAAUAUCCUGCCAUAAUGGGAUUUAUCCUUGCCCACAAAGCUAGAAAACUGGCACGUCUCACCAAAGAAGAAAGGUUGAAUAAAUUGUGUGAGCUCUAUGCAAAAGUUCUGGGAUCCCAAGAAGCUUUGAAGCCGGUACACUAUGAAGAGAAGAACUGGUGUGAGGAGCAGUACUCAGGAGGCUGCUACACGACCUACUUCCCCCCGGGGAUUAUGACUCAAUUUGGAAGAGUUCUACGCCAGCCGGUGGGCAGGAUUUAUUUUGCAGGCACGGAGACUGGUACACACUGGAGUGGCUACAUGGAAGGGGCUGUGGAGGCUGGAGAGAGAGCUGCCAGAGAGAUCCUGCAUGCCAUGGGAAAGAUUCCAGAGGAUGAAAUCUGGCAGUCUGAACCAGAGUCUAGGGAUGUUCCUGCGCAGCCCAUUACUGAAACCUUCUUGGAGAGACAUUUGCCUUCUGUGCCAGGCUUGCUGAAGCUGAUUGGAUUGACUACCAUCUUGUCAGCAACUGCUCUUGGCUUCCUGGCCCACAAAAGGGGGCUACUUGUGUGGCUCUAAAGAGAAGGCAUCUGUAACCACAUCUUCUUAUUUUAC